AUGAAGCUCGUGGUGUAUUUAACAUUUUUUCUUUAUUUUCAAUCAACCUUAAGUGAAAAGAGCCAUGCUAUAUCAAAGAGAGCUUUACAAAAGAGUCAUGAAAAAUCUCAUAUUCAAAAACUAUCAGAAAUGUUUCUUAAUCAGGAGUUUUACAACGAUAAGCAAUCUUUAAUCGAACUUCUAAAUUUCAUAGCUUAUAAUUACUUAUCUGGUUGCACAACAGUAAUUUUAUACGAUAAAUAUACAGAGAUUCAAGAAUAUGCAUUUCUAAAACACUUUUUAACGGGAUAUCCUUUAACUUACGUUAAUGCACAAAUAUCAACAAAUAACGAAACUUAUUUAAACAAAUUAAUAAACAAUAGACAAACCUGCGUUCAUUUUAUGGUAUUCGUACGAGAUGUUGUAGAAUGUAGAUCUGUUGUAGAAAAAAGACCUGAAAGAAUUGUAGUUGUAGCUGAAUCAUCACAAUGGAGAGUUCAAGAGUUCUUAGCCAGCGAUUAUUCACAAAACAUUGUGAAUUUGUUGGUUAUAGCAAGAUCCGACAAAUUUUCACAUCUAAAGGGUGAAGCUCCUUUUAUCUUAUACAGUCACAGAUUGUUCAUAGACGCAUUAGGAUCUAGCCAACCCAUAAUACUGACCUCGUGGUCGGGCGGAAACUUCUCAAGAUAUGUGAAUUUAUUUGAAAGAAAAAUGUCCAAAGGGUUUUCUGGUCACAGAUUUAUUAUAUCGGUAGCAAAUCAACCGCCAUACAUUAUAAAAAAAAAACGUAACGAAUAUGACGAAUUUCAGUAUGAUGGAAUUGAAGUCAAGCUUGUAGAACUACUUUCAGAGAUGUACAAUUUUAGUACGGACUACAAAGAAGCUAGUGAUACAAAAAUUCUUGGAUCUGCUGAUGCAGUAAUGAAAUCCUUAAAAUCUGGGAACAUUAACCUGGGACUUGCUGGAUUAUUUAUAACUCAAGAUCGCUAUAACAAUGCCGGCAUCUUUCAUUGGCACUCUGAAGAUUGUGCUGCAUUUAUAUCAUUAGCUUCUACAGCACUACCUAGGUAUCGAGCUAUAAUGGGCCCAUUUCGUUGGACAGUAUGGUUAUGUCUAAUUAUAGUCUACUUUGGGGCAGUAUUUCUGUUUUCGUAUUCAGAUAAAAUGACUUUGCGGCAUUUAAUCAGAAACCCAGAAGAGAUUGAGAAUAUGUUCUGGUAUGUUUUUGGAACAUUUACAAAUUGUUUUACGUUUAUGGGAAGAAAAUCAUGGACCAAAGCUGAGAAAAAUACCACAAAGUUACUGGUGGGAGUGUAUUGGAUUUUUACUAUAAUUAUAACAGCAUGUUAUACAGGCUCGAUUAUAGCCUUCGUAACAUUGCCUGUAUUUCCUACAGUAAUAAACACAGUAGAUCAGCUUUUAAAUGGUCGAUUUCAAAUUGGUAUACUAGAUAAAAGUGGAUGGCCCAACUGGUUCUUAAAUGUUACUGAUGUGGCUAGCCAAAAACUAAUGAAAAAAGUCGACUAUGUUCCUGAUACAGAAAGUGGUUUGAAAAAUGUCACUAAAGCUUUCUUCUGGCCUUACGCUUAUUUGGCAUCUCGCGAGGAACUUUCUUACAUAGUAAAAUCAAACUUUUCAGUGGGAAGUAAAAAGUCUUUGCUACAUAUUAGCCAACAGUGUUUCGUUCCAUACAAAGUAGGAAUGUUGUUACCAAAAUUCUCAGUUUAUAGCGAAAUUUUUGGACAUGGCGUGCAACAAAUUAUUCAGUCAGGAAUAAUGAUAAAAAUAAAAAAUGAUAUCGAGUGGAAUAUACUAAAAUCAGCAACGGGAAAGCUUCUGGCAGCUAACACGAAAGGAGGAGGUUUAAAACUUUUAACCUACGAAGAUCGAGCUUUAACUCUGGACGAUACCCAAGGGAUGUUUCUAUUACUUGGAGCAGGAUUUUUAGUUGGUUUCGGAAUACUUUUAUCAGAAAUAUUCGGUGGUUGUUUCAAUUUAUGCAAAAAAACGAGCAGAUCCGGUCUAAGCUCAGCCUCAACUUUUAUUUCCAACUAUGCCAAUCCCAGUUCUGUACAAGACCAAAGAGAUAGCUCGAAAAAAAGUGUCCUUCGACGCUGUUCCCUUAUUUUAACUCAAAAACGCCUUGAAACCAAACCAACAAAUUUGGAAAACUCAUUUGGGGAUGUUGUCAAUUUUUCUGAUAAUAUGAGCAUAAGCAAUUCAGCAAGAAAUAUUAAAUCAGCUCUAGAACACGAAAGAAGUAUUUUUGAGCGCCCAUUUUUUGAAAAAAGAAGCAAAUCGUAUAGUGAUGCAAUAUAA